GCGGCCCACAUCAGAAUAAAAUAUUGUUCAAUAAAUGGAUAAACUAAUGGUCAGCAAGAAGUAGGCGGUAGAAAUUAAACCGCUGCCACGUGUCCGGAUAAAUUUUUAGUGGACAAAUCGAAUUCACCAUGGCGAAGAAACGAACAACUUUAACAGAAAGAGCCGUGAGAACGGAAAACAUGUGCAAAUGCAACGUAAACAACUUGCUGGCAAGUUGUGCGAUGCCGUUAACGGUGCUGGUAUUGGCCUUAUACUGCCUCCUGCCACUGGCGCAGGCGGAGCCUUUGAAAGUCGUUUAUGCUGUGAAUGCGGGCGGUGAUGAGCAUACGGAUCAGAAUGGCAUACACUACGAGGCGGACCCGCUGAACGUGGGCAUUGCGUCGGACUACGGCAAACAUUUGCUCAUGAUUGGCCGUGUCCCAGAGCAGGACGAGGUGCUCUACCGCACGGAGCGCUAUCAUACCACCACCUUUGGCUACGACUUUCCCGCCGAUGGCGAUGGCGACUAUGCCCUGAUUAUGAAGUUCUGCGAAGUCUACUUCGAUGCGCCCAAUCGCAAGGUGUUCGAUGUGCUGCUCAAUCGCAAGCACACGGUGGUCAAGCAGCUGGAUAUAUACAAUCAGGUGGGACGUGGCUCGGCGCACGACGAAAUCGUGUACUUUAAGAUCAUCAACGGGCGCAUGCAUUACGAAUAUGAGGGUGAAAUCGAGACGUCGGACGUGCGCAAUGGUCGACUGCGCCUGGACUUCAUCAAGGGCGCACUCGACAAUCCAAAGAUCAAUGCCUUUGCGCUGCUCAAGGGCGACGUCUCGCAAUUGCCACGCCUCCACAACACGGAGGCCAGCGAGCGUCGGGCCGAGCCAGAGGAAGAGGACAAGCCGCGUGCAGCGCGUCCACGCGAUAAUCAGCAGCAUCAAGAGCGCAUUGUGCGCUACAACGAGCGACCAGCUCAACGAGGCUACGACGAGGACGAGGAUGAGGAUGACUAUGACCUGGAGGAGGGUGAGGCAGAUGUACCGCAGCGCCAGCACCACCAGCAGCAAUCCCAACAGCAGCCGCAGCAACAGCAAUCGGCGCAAGGAUCGAAGCGAACGCGCAGUGGUCCACGUCAGCCCAACCCGUAUUCAAUGGAUGACUCCUCCAUACUGAUGCCCGUGUUCAUAGCCAUAGGGGCGUUCAUACCGCUGCUAUUUUGCCUGUGCAAGCUCUGAUCCCCAUGGGAUCGAUUCGUGUUGAUUUUUGUGAUUUUUAUAAAAGACUUAAUUAUAUAAUUAUCGUUUAGUUCAUAGCGACGAAAUGUAAAAGGUUCAAUGUUUCUUUUUCCCCCGCCAUAUGCCAACGCACAAAUCUCCCUCUCUCUCUCUCUCUCUCUUACUUUAUAUAUAAAUAUUUAUAUAAAAUUGUGUUCCUUUUUAUGCAUAAUCAAAUCGGCUCAUUUACUUAAGUUUAAAAUAAUUGAUUUUUGAAUUUUAUCUCUCAUAUUAAGAACAUAUUUAAUUCGCUUUAAACGAAAUCAGUGAAAAUAAACUAUGUUUGUUA